AUGUUCUACGUCCAUUUGCUCAUCAACAAGCGGGGGCCGCUGGCCAAAAUCUGGCUGGCUGCCCACUGGGAGAAGAAGCUGACCAAGGCACACAUCUUUGAGUGCAAUUUAGAGACCACUGUCAAAAAAAUCCUCUCCCCAAAGUUUGCUAUAGCUCUGCGAACCUCUGGACACUUACUCCUAGGGGUGGUGCGGAUUUACAACAGGAAAGUAAAGUACCUCUUGGCAGACUGCAAUGAAGCUCUGACCAAAAUGAAGACAGCCUUUCGUCCAGGGCUUCUUGACCUUCCAGAAGAGAACUUUGAGGCUGCUUAUCAGUCCAUUACAUUACCUGAAGAAUUUCAUGAUUUUGAAGCACCACUACCAGAUGUAAAGGCCAUUGAUGUUGCUGAACAUUUUACCUUGAAUCAGAGCAGAGCUGAAGAAAUCACACUUACAGAGGAUUAUGAAAGCAGUAUACUUCUCUGUGAUAGAAACUUUGAUGAAGAAGCAGAAGCCCUGAGGAGACAGAGCUUCUUUGAGGGCAGUAUCCUGACGAGCAGUAACAGUCUGAUGGCCGAUCCCAACUCAGCCAGCACCAGCGGAGACAAAUCUGUGCUGCACGAAGAUGUUUACUGCUUCCAGGAUGACCAUUUUGGGGAUGAGGAGGAUGCUGCAGAUAUGAUUGAAAUCUUGUUGAGAGAUGAGCAAAAUGUCCUAGAUAAAGACAUUCUUGAUGUGGAGGAAGCACGUCCUUUGUCACAAGAUCUGCCAGAGAACAGCACAGCCAUUGAGUCCAACUGUGCAGACACCAUUGUUAAGGAUGGAAAUCAAACAAUGAGUGAUACAAUCCUUUUGUUCCAGGAAGAAGGAUUUGUGCUUGAGCCAGUUGAUGAUACAGGUGCCACCCAGAGGAAGAAAAAACAAAGAAAGAGGAAGCUGCUGGUGGAUGUGGAGAAGAACCUGAGCUGCCAAACCAUUUACAAGCAGCUCUCCAACUCCACUGACCUCCUGGCCACGCUGGACCUCGCUCCCCCUACCAAGAAAACGAUGAUGUGGAAGGAGUGGGGAGGUGUGGAUAAACUCCUGUCCCAUUCUUCACAGCCUAUGAUUCAUGAUCAGCUGCAAAAGUUCUUUGAAAAAUGCUUCAAGACUGACAGAUUUAAGAUGAGAGCAAAUGGAAUACGGAGGAUGUCUGAAAUGAAAGAAAUGAGAAAAGAGCAAGACACUACAGAGAUGCUGCCAGUAGAAGAGCCAAGUUACCUGCAGGAGCCAGCUCAUUCCGAGACUGGGAGAAAAAUUAGAAAUGAUUCCUUUAUGUUGACAUCACAGAAUGACAGAAAUGAAACCAAUGAGAACUGUGGUGAAAUUAUAGAGGAUGGAGCAGCUUUCUCCGAGAGCUCAAAAAAUUCCCUGGGCCAGGAGGUUGAAGCACAGCAGGUGGAGGUGCCAGAGGAGGAAACAACGACCGGGAAAGACAAUGAAGAAAUAAGAUGGGGCAAAAGAACUCUUCGGUUACAAAAAACUUUACAGCAACUGAAGAGAUCGGGCGUGUGUUCCUUCAGUUUCCGGGAACUCUGCCAGAGAAACACCCGGAAAGAAGCUGCAGCCACAUUUUACAUCUUUCUGGUGCUGAAGAAGCAGCAGGUCCUCGAGCUGCGGCAGCCCAAGCCCUUUGCUGACCUCACAGCCACUGCUGGGCCCAUGUUUGACAAGAUCAGAUAAACUGAUCAAAAUACAGCUUGGGUUGCAUUUUCCAGCAAAUAGUUUUCCUGGAAAAAGGAUGGAAUGUCUUGUCAAGCUGUGGGAGAUGAGCAGAGCUCCCUGUCCUCUGUACCACCCAGUCAUGGCUGGUGCAGGGGUCCGGCCCCAGGU